AUGUGUACAUGUUUCGUCCAAUUAAAGUCACUUUGUAUGACAAUUCCAAGAAACUUGGUUGACUCAACUCGUGACAAGAAAAUGUUCACUAGUCAAUCAGAUGUGUGGAGUUAUGGCAUCCUGCUCUGGGAGAUAUAUUCAUUUGGAAGAGUGCCCUACCCAAGAAUUCCCUUACAAGAAGUACUGAGCCACGUGGAGAGGGGAAAGCGAAUGGACCCCCCUGAGGGCUGUCCCCCCUUCAUGUACAGCAUCAUGAGCAGGACUUGGUGCAUCGACCCCAUGAAGCGACCCACCUUCAAAGACAUACUUAUGGAGCUGCGAUUACAUUCUUGA